AUGGAGGCCACCAUGUGUGAAGAGUGGCUGCUGAAUCUGAGGUGUUGUUUGGGAUCAAUGUGUGGGAUGGAGUGGUACGGCUACGCUGCUCUCGGCAUCAUGAUGGCCUUUCUCAGCUUUCUCAUGGAUCUGAGUGUAACAAAACUGCUGACAGCUCACCAAUGGCUUUAUAUGAAGCUAGAGGGCAACAGUCUGCUGCAGUUCUGCUGUUGGACUCUUUACCCAGCAUGCCUCUCUGCUGUCGCAUCAUCAUUCUCCCACAACAUCUGUCCCUUCUCCACAGGCUCGGGGAUACCAGAGAUACGAACCAUGCUGGCCGGCAUUGAAAUGCCUCAUUACUUAUCUCUCACUAAUAUGUUUGCCAAGUUCCUGGGCCUUAUCUGUACACUGGCAGCAGGCAGCACGGUUUUCCUGGGCAAAGUGGGUCCGCUUGUGCAUCUUUCCACCAUGGUGGGAGCCUACCUCAGCAAACUCUGCACUCUCAUACAAGACAAUAAGAAGGACAAACCAGCUGGAGAAAUGUUGGUUGUUGCUGCUGCGGUCGGAGUAGCCAGCUGCUUUGGAGCUCCCAUCAGUGGUGUGUUGUUCAGCGUGGAGGUGAUGAGUUCUCACUUUGCCCUGAGGCAUUACGUCCCGUGUUUCUUCUCAGCUGCCUGCGGGGCGUUGACCUCUCGUCUCUUCACGGUGUGGAAUGGAGAUGGAGAGACUCUUCAGGCGCUGUUUAAAACUAAUUUCCCCACUGCUUUACCUUUCUACCCACUGGAGAUUCUACUGUUUGCUUUGUUAGGGCUGCUGUGUGGAGCUGUGAGCUGCUGCUAUCUCUUCUGCCAUCGGUGGAUCCUGCAAUUUACCAAAACAAACACGUUCUUCGUCAAGAUGCUGACGACAGAGUGAGAGCUCAAUUUGAAAAAUUUUAAUUACAGUGCCAUGUUGAUCUUUACUUUCACAACAGCAUUUCUUGGAUUUCAGAGAGUAAUGUAAAUGACAUAUUUUUCCCAGUAUACCAUGAAGCAGCUCCUCACCUCCUUACUGGAGAGCAGGCAGUGGGGCUCUCAGCACCAUAAUGCCUCUGCGCAGCUGCAGCCUGAGCCUUUGUCGGAGUGGAGCUCAUCAGGGAGUCCUGUCUACCUGUCUUUGGCUUUCUUUCUGAUCAUGAAGAUGUGGAUGUUGGUCCUCGCCUGCACUCUGCCCGUUCCAGCUGGAUACUUUAUGCCAGUCUUUGUCUAUGGGGCAGCUUUGGGCCGUUUGCUUGGAGAAGGAGUAGCGUAUGUGCUUUCAAUUGGACUGACUUCAGACCAGCAGCAGGUUUCCAUAAAUCCUGGAGGCUAUGCACUGGCUGGUGCAGCAGCUCUAUCUGGGGCUGUGACACACACCUUGUCCCCAGCUCUCCUGGCGAUCGAGCUAACUGGCCAGUGUAGCCAUGCGGUGCCUGUUCUCCUCGCCACUCUCCUGGCCAAUGCCCUGGCUCGCUCAGGACACCGCCCAUCUUUCUACGACGCCCUCUCUAUCAGCAAGAAACUCCCACACCUGCCCUCUCUGAAGAAAGCAUGCCCACGGCUUCCCUCCACAACAGUUGGACAGUUUCUGGGAAUGAAAUCGGUGCAGCUUCAGAAAGCGUCUGGUUCAGCAGAGAUUCAACAUGCUGUCAAAACCAGCAGUGAAACGCAAAUCCCUGUGGUGGAGUCACACGAGUCACAGAUUUUACUGGGGUUCGUGCUUCGAUCAGAGCUGCUGAUUUUCCUGCAUCGCCCCAAGACUGAGACUCUGGAGAAACAUCUGGAUGAGGUCUGUAGUAUUCAUCCAACCUCUGUCCUGUUAUCACCUCACAACACUGUUCAGGAGGCCCACAGAAUACUGAGUGUCAUUGGAGACCAGACCUUGUUUGUCACAGAGAGAGGACGGUUGGUCGGGUUUCUCACAUGGACACAGAUGAAGAAGAUAUUGGAGGACUUGGCCAAAGAAAUCUAAGCUUUGACACAUAGGAACUAAGUGAAACCC